AUGGUCACGAGGGCGCUGCUAUUACUCUCGCUGGUCCUCCUCGAUGCCUUUGACGCGCCUGGCAUCGAGAGAGCCCACGUCCGACACUUGGCGAUGGCCGGUAACGCCUGCAACGCUUGUAGGAUGCAUGAGGAGAUUCGCGCGCUUAGUUUGGAAGCGAUCAAGGAGCAAAUCCUGAAUAAACUCGGCUUGAAACAGGCGCCAAAUAUGACGGGUCGAGCUCUGCCGAGGAUCCCGCCGAUCUCGAAGCUGAUGGACAUGUACGGGAUGCAGGCUGAUCAGCCUUUAGAGCCCGGUAUCACACACCACGAGGAGGUCGACGAAUACGCCGCGAAGACGGAGAGUGUCUUUGCCUUAGCGCAGCCUCAUCAAAGGCUAAGGCACUCGAAGGGCAGCUUUGAGGUGCUGUACUUCAAGUUUUCCGAUAAGGUUGUCCAACAUCGUGUUACCAGGGCAGAGUUGUCUCUGUGGAUAUGGGGUGUGAAUCAGGAAGCGGAGCUCGGUGAACCAAUUGAUCUGGAGAGUCAAGACGCUGGUCCGGUGACGAUCACGCUGCAGAGGAUCCUUCGAGGAACGACCGAAACAGGCGGAACUUUGCUAGGUCCUCCUCUGACCACGAAACACCCUCGACCGUUUGGGCGGCGAGGUGGCUGGAUCACGAUCGAGCUCAGACGAAUGGUAGCGGAGUGGUUCAAGCAUCCGAGAGAUAAUCUGGGAGUCGCUUUGAAAAUCACGGGGCCUGGCGGCAGUCAUCGUAGGAACCUGGUCAGAUUGGUCGAGACCAAUCCCGGUGCGGAAUACGCUCCAUAUCUCGAAGUGCAAAUGCAGGAACUCGAUUCGCGAAGAGGCUCCAGGAUUAAGAGGAACGUGGGACUCAAUUGCGAUGAGGCCAGUCAGGAGACCAGAUGUUGCCGGUACAAGCUCACGGUAGAUUUCGAGAAAUUCGGCUGGGAUUGGAUAAUCGCACCCAAAAAAUACGAUGCCAAUUACUGCUCGGGUGACUGUCCAAUGGCUUUUCUUCCGGCUUAUCCGAACACACAUAUCGUCAGCCUGGCGGAACCGCCGAACAACACCGGGCCAUGUUGCGCACCUAGGAAACUGUCCGAAAUCACAAUGUUGUAUUUUGACAACGAAUAUCAAAUCGUGUUCUCACGGUUGCCGGGCAUGGUCGUCGAGAAAUGCGGGUGUUCAUAGUCCACCUUCAUUUCUGACAGGACGAAAAUAACGUUGGCGACGCCGAGAGUUCCGCACAGGUAUCGCGAUGCUCUCCCUUUGAUCAAUUUCGACGAUCAUCGUUAUUGUCAAUCGUCGUCAAUCGUCAUCGAUUGUCAUCGCCAUGUUCUCGGCGAUUCCUCAUCCGAUAGACUGAAAGUGCCUUGUUCGGAGAGUGAUUGCGUGAUGCGGAUCUCUUUGGAGCGCGAAGGAAGGAACACAAAGUACGCGGAUAGGCGAUAUGUAGUGAUUCGCGAGAGUCCCCUCAAAGACUGUGCUGGAUGCCAAGGGAAGUCCAAAGAGGGACUCGCGCCGUGUCAGCGGGAGGCACCUCGACGGUGGUCCAUGGUUCAUGGCAAGGCGAAUAGUUCCUAGAGAGAGAGAGAGAGA